AUGACAACCUUUGGUCGAAAAAAGAACAGAGAUGCAAUCCGCAAGGCAUGGAUGCCGACAGAAGCCUUAUCUGAACACGCUGCUGCCUUAUCUGCAGGUGCAUCUAUAAAAAACCUCGCAGAACAGAAAGGCAUCAUUGUGAGAUUUGUAAUAGGAAGAAGUGCAAACCGUGGAGACAGUUUGGACAAAGAGAUUGAAAGAGAAAAUAGUCAGACCAAUGACUUCAUCAUUCUUGACGAUCAAGUGGAGGCAGUUGAAGAGAGUGCAAAAAAGACAAAGUCGUUCUUCAUUUAUGCUGUGGACAACUGGGAUGCUGAAUUUUAUGCUAAGGUCAAUGAUGAUGUCUAUGUUAAUCUUGAUGCCUUUGGAGGAGUGUUAACUUCUCAUUUGGAUAAACCCCGUGUAUAUAUUGGUUGUAUGAAAUCGGGCGAAGUUUUCUCCGAACCGACACAUAAAUGGUAUGAGCCAGACUGGUGGAAAUUUGGCGAUGGAAAAUCGUACUUUCAACAUGCUUCAGGUGAUGUCUAUGUCAUUUCAAAAGCAUUGGCUCAGUUUAUUUCAAUAAACAGAUUUAUUCUCCGUACAUAUGCACAUGAUGAUGUAAGCACCGGAUCAUGGUUUAUCGGGCUGGACGUGAUGUACCUUGAUGAAAAUAAGUUUUGCUGCUCAUCCUGGUCCACAGGGUCAAUUUGUGCAGCAGUAUGA